AUGGGGGAACAAAACCUAGAAGCUAUCGUCGAACAGAUCAUAGUACGAAACAUAAUAAGUCCCUGCCUACAACAGCCGACUUACUCUUCACCUCUACCUGAUUUUGUCUUAUUGACAGAAUUGCCUAGGGGGUGGAAAGUCCCGAAAUUUACCAAGUUCGUUAGGGAUACUGAGGAGUCCAGCUUCGAACACGUGGCCAGGUACCAGACCAAGGAUGGAGACAUAGCGAACAAUGAGGAUUUGAAGUUAAAAUACUUCCCAAGUUCUCUUACAAAGAACGCAUUUACGUGGUUCACAACGUUACCUCCACAGUCGAUCCAAACGUGGACACAGUUGGAGAGAUUGUUCCAUGAACAAUUUUACAUGGGGCAAUCGAAGAUUAGCCUCAAAGAACUAGCUAGUGUUAAGCGGAAGGUUGUUAAGUUAGUUGAUUAUUACCUAAACAGGUUUAGACUGUUGAAAGCGCGACGCUUUACUCAAGUCCCCGAGCACGAAUUAGUCAAGAUGACGGCAGGGGGUUUAGAUUAUUCUAUAAAGAAAAAAUUGGAUACUCAGUAUCUUAGAGAUAUGGCCCAAUUGGCCGACGGAGUUCGAUGUAUCGAACGCUCGAAAGCUGAGAAGUUCAAGGCGGGUCGAUAUCAUAAGAAGGAAAAAGUGUCCUAUAUCGCAGUCGAAGGAGUUUCGUCCAACGAUGAAGAUAUAAUCGACAGAAGCGAGGUUAACAUGGUAGAACUUAAGCUCGUGCCUCCAUAUGUGUGUAAGGUUUUAAAACCCUCGAAUGGGGAAAGCCUUGUCGAACCAGAAAAAACAAACAAAUAUGUAGCUAAGACCUAUACUUUCUACGUGUCUAAGUGCGACGAAAUCUUCGAUCUGUUAGUAAAAGAUGGUCAAAUUAUCGUCCCUCAGGAUUUAAAAGACCCCCCCUAG